AUGGAGGAGGAGUAUACCGAUUAUUGGAGAAUUGAGAAGUUUGAUCCGGCAUGGAAUCCGACAGGUAUGCUCGAAGUCAGCUCUUUCUCCAGACGCUAUCCUCACCACAGAGAGACGUAUCUUCAGGCGUGUUGGCAAAGUGUUAAAUCCGCUCUCAAGGAGUACGGAGUCGCUUGCGAGCUCAACUUAGUUGAAGGUUCUAUGACUGUUUCAACGACCAAGAAGACUAGAGAUCCUUACAUCAUUGUAAAAGCUAGGGAUUUGCUUAGGCUUCUGUCUAGAAAUGUCCCUGCUCCUCAGGCGAUUAAGAUUCUUAAAGAUGACAUGACUUAUGAUAUCAUCAAUAUCCGAAAAUUGGUUCGUAAAAAGGAAAGGUUUGUCAGAAGAAGGCAGAGGCUUGUGGGUCCUGGUUUUUCUACAUUGAAGGCGCUGGAAAUAUUUACCAACUGUUACAUUCUUGUUCAGGGAAAUACAGUAGCCGGAAUGGGUUCUUUUAUAGGUCUCAAAAAACUCAGAUGGGUUCUGGGAUACAUAGAGAGUUCAAGUUGGGAUCCUUUGUCUAUUAUAAAUGCUGAAUAUAAUCGGAUUUAA